CACAAUCCAUAGCCAAUCUCUUAUGUGUAAAUAUAUUUUUAUGACUCUGUCCUUGGCCUUCUUUUUUUCUCUAUCCUGUUUUUCGUUGUAGAACACUUCCAUAAGUUUGAUAAUUAUCUCCAUGAAGAGAACUCCAAAUCAACAUAUCUAGCCUUCACCUCUCUUGAGCUCGAGUCUACUCUGAUACAUCACUAAUUAUCUUCUGAACAUCUUCAACUUAAAUACCAUGCCAAAUUCAAGAUGUCAAAAAAAAAAAAAAAAAGAACUCAUUAUCUUAUCCAACCUGCCUCUCUUCCAAACAUUCCUGUUUCUCUUAAAGGGACCACUAUCCUUCUUGUUAUUCAUGCUCAUAACUUGGCAUCCUCCGCCUCUCUUCACUCUUCUUCCCUAAUCAAUUGAUUUUAUUAAUGCAUAUUUAAUAGCGAUAUUAAGUCAGUGGAAAAGAUACCUUGCUAAAGUUGCUUGUCCUCUUAAAGAGGUACAGUUAUUUGGUUCUAGCAUCAAUCCUCGCUCCCCACCCUUGAUCUAAUAAGUGACUGGCAGGUAUCUUAGUUGUAGACUAUGAACCUUGACAUGGAGCCACUCAUCUUUCAGAGGCUGGUGGCUGAAUUCCCUGAUAAGGAAGUACAAUUGCACUUGAUCGAAGCUCAUGGCCAGCUGGUAAUGGAGACAUCAUCUCUUGAGGGAGCAGCUCUUGUCCAGGGAGAAUUAAAGGAAUUGAUGGAGUCUUGGAAGGCUCUGAAGUUGCUUGAGGAAACAUUGUUGAGCCUUAUCAGGAAGUGGCAGCUAAAAAACAAAGAGAUGGAUCCAGGGAAGAAAUUAAUUUUUUCCAACAACAUCCCAAAACAUGGGUUUCUCAUAGAUACUAUGGACUCUGUUCCUAGACACCGGGGUAAGAGAAGUCCACCCAAACAAGAAGAAAGUAAUGCCAAUUUCUCCAAACUUCUGAAAGACUUUGAACAGUGGUUGCAUAUGGAAAAUAGCAAGUUGGUCAAGAUCAUUGUCAUGAAAAAUUCCACUGCUAAGGACUCUGAAAUCAGAAAAGAUAAAUUGAAG